AUGGAUCUGAUGAAUGGAUUCUAUCAGAUCCUCUUGCGUGAACGGGACAUCCCGUACACAGCAGUGAGCACCCCCAGUGGUAUGCUCUGGGAGUGUCUAGAGAUGCCACAGGGGCUAAGUAACGCCCCCGCAACGUUUAACAGAUGUGUUACGAAUCUGUUGCGAUUGGUGCGCGAUUUCGCACCGAGUUACUUCGACGGUGUCUUCGUCCAUAGCCGGGCUAUGGAUGGGAAGACGGACGUGGAGGUUCAUAGAAUCCACGUCCGAAAGGUUCUUACACUUAUGCGAGAGCAUAAGUUGUUCGCGAACCUCAAGAAGUGUAUCUUCGCAGCGAACGAAAUACCACUUCCUGGCUGCAUCGUGGGUAGAAACGGUCUACGCCCUGAUCCGGAAAAGAUCAAGGCGAUUAGCGACUGGCCUUUGCCGGUUGACGUCAAGGGACUUCGAAAGUUCCUUGGCUUGGCGGCGUAA